UCGAUAAUAGAGAAAAUACCACCGGCUUGUCGAGGGCAGGGUUACUCACUCUCAUGCUAAAAGAUCUAAAAAUCCAUAGCUACUUAUAAUAAUAUCGAGAUAUUCGGGAUUGUGUUUAUUUCUUGGACCUAUCCGUUGUGAAUAUUCUGAAGGAUACUUAGAUCUAGAUCUUUGUAGAUAACGAAGAUAACGAUUAGUGGAUAGGUCUAGCUCUGUUAGGGAAUUUCAGCGGGCUUCUGUAAUACUUAUUUUCCCGGAUAUCGCAACGUUUGUGGUGCCAUUAUAUAGAUCUAUUGCGACAUAAACUUUUUGGCGACACUUGAACCGCUGCCAUGGUAACCUCCACGCUAACCUCGUACGUGUACCAAGACCUGGAGCUGAGCAACACCAUGCUGGUGACCAUCCUCCUGGCGGCCGUCUUCCUCGGCGGCAAGCAGCCCACCAGGCAGGCCAUGAGGCGCCUCCUGAACCCUGGCGACUUCUGGGGCAAGGUCUGGCUCUACUCGCCCCACCGCCAAGUCUGGUCCGGCAUGAAGCGUGCCCUGCCCCCUGUGGUGUCCAGGAAGGUGCGGUCGGGCGUGAGGACGGCCAGUAAGAUGAUGCUGGGCAGGUCGGCGCUGAGGAAGCUGGCGCUGAUUAAGUUCCUGAGGUACAAGCACAGCCAGAAGCACGGCCACCACGCGACCAAAGGGCGACACAAUCGAACGAUUAACUUGUAUAGGCGGAUGCCCUUAAAGACUUUGUCCAGAUUAUGGGGUAAAUUCAACCAAAUGGAAUUACCCAUCUUUUUACGAAAGCCCUUGCUAGGUCUUUAUAUCUGGAUGUUUGGUUGUAAUAUUGAAGAGGCUGAAAUAGAAGAUCUUAAGCUGUACAGAAACUUGGGAGAGUUCUUCCGCCGACAGUUAAAACCUCAUGUCAGACCAAUUGACAAUGAACAUAUUUUAACGUCACCUGCAGACGGUAAAAUAUUAUACUAUGGUGAAGUUAAAAAUGGCAUCUUAGAACAGGUUAAGGGUGUCACAUACUCAUUGCGAGGUUUCCUGGGACCACAGACAUGGACAGCCUCACCCCAAGUACAGGACGUAAGCCAUAUUUCUGAUGAGGACUAUCAGAAGGUGUUGUCUCUGAAACCAGGCAACGAGCUGUACCAUGUUAUUGUAUACCUAGCACCUGGCGACUACCACAGAUUUCAUUCCCCAGCCACAUGGACCAUUCACCACAGAAGACAUUUCCCAGGUGAGCUACUGAGCGUGAACCCUGGUGUCGCACGCUGGUUGCAGGGAUUGUUUAACUUCAAUGAACGUGCUGUCUAUACAGGGGAAUGGGAACAUGGCUUCUUCUCUAUGGCAGCCGUGGGUGCAACAAAUGUUGGAUCCAUCAAAAUAUAUUGUGAUGAGGAGCUGGAGACUAACACUAGAACCAAGCACCCAGAGUAUACUUACUUUGACAAGAGAUUCACCACGCCAGUUGAAGUAGAAAAGGGGGACAUGUUUGGGGAGUUCAACUUGGGAUCCACUAUGGUGUUAAUCUUCGAAGCCCCCAGCGGAUUUGUCUUCAAAGUGAAAGAGGGGGAUAAAAUCAAAUAUGGUCGUCCUCUUGGAACUGCGCCUUAAGUGACUAACCAUAUUCCAGCUCAUCUAGGAUUUUUAUUAUUAUAUCAUACUGUAUAUAAAGUUUUCUUGUAUAAAAAAAAAAGCCAACAGACAUUAUUGUAAUAGUUGUUUCCAUAAAUAUUUUAAGGGGAGAGAUCAAUGGUGAUCAAAGGGAUGUAAUGAGGGUUCCAUUUUUUUUUGUAAAGUAUUAGUUGAAUAUUAUAUUUGAAUUUGACUAAGUAAUGUUGUUUGUUUUUGUAAGUCAUAACAGAUGUUGUUUUUGUUUAAUUACUUUUUAAAGUUGCAUAAUACUUUUUUAAAUUCAGAGUUGAGUCAAUAGUGUCCUAAAAAUGAUAAUACGAAAGUUUCAAAAGUCUUUAACACAUGGUGUAGACCAACAAUUUAAGACUAAAGAUGACUCAGUGUUCACUCCUUUAAUAGGCAGGUCUUCCAAUGAGACAGUAACUACAAUUUUGUCAACAGAUAAUGUUUAGUUUUAAAUGUUCAUGCUGAAAUGUAAACCAUUAAAAUAAAAAUUGAAAUGACUUCUCUAAAAUAGUCAUUUCCAUUCAAUAAUUGUCAAGGCAGAGGUGAAAAGGUGACUCUGAAAGACAAAAAAUUUCUCAAUGAUUUCCAAUUAUGAUUUAUAUCUUAGUGUCACUUUUUGACUUAUUGGAUUGUAUUAAGUUAUUAAUGAUCAUUACCAAUAUGCUUUUUAUUAGCAAUUGAAACAUUUUGAAUUGAAUUAUUUCUUGCUGUACACUCCACUCAGCCAUCUUGUUUGUCAUAGCUGCUGUGUAGUCAGUGAUGGUCAUUGAAAAAAGAGUUGCAUUUACUCUUUGGGGUUUACUUUGAAAAUAGAGUUCAAAUCUUACGGGCUAUCCACCUGCCCGCCCCUUCAGUGUCACACCAGCGUCACUGCUGGAUGUCACUUCUUAUUCUAGAAUACUUAAACAUUGAAUGCGGGUACCAACAGAAGCACUUUCAUUGACUUAAGUUUGAGCUUCAGUUGUAAGUCAUUUGUGUAGCUCUGUGAAGUCAUAUUUUUGUGAUACAAAUACCUAUGAAAUACUACUGGCCUUAUCAUCUUUGUAUACAGAUAUGUUUCUUUAUGUAGCACAUAAUUUUAUGUCCUAUUUAGUCUUGCCACUUCUGCUGAAUGAGGAGGGAUCUGUGAAAUUAAUCACAGUGUAAAUCAUUUAAGCUUGAACAAAUUAAUUCAUGAAGAAUCCAACAUUAAACAUUUUUAAAAGAAAAACAAGAAUUCUUACAUUUCAUUGGCAUUUUGUCCUUAUGAAACACUUUCCAUCCAGAAAGAUGCAUUGUUUAAAAUUGAUGUCAUGCUCCAAUCUAAAGGGGGAUAAAUAGCUUGAUAGCACUGAAUUGAAAUAUCUUUAUCGAUUAUUUAUCAUUUUAAUUUGGAAGCUAAAAUAGUGUCCUCUGCUAUUAUGAGCAAGCAAUAUGUGUUGGGAGUCUUUUAAGUCUAAUCAGGACUCUUUUUUUUUUUGUUUGUUUGUGUCUUGUUGAUUCAAGUUUGUAUUGUUUAAUGUUGAAUGCUAAUAGGAUAUAACCAAUUUUAGCAAGGAUUAGUUCCCUUUUUUUUUUGUUCAUUCAAAAUGACUAAAAAAAAAAAUUCCCCUUUAUGUAUCUUUAAGAUUUUUAGACCAAUAAGUGAUGGAUGUUACACACCAAACACAUCUAUUUUUGUAUUCUACCCUAUAACAGCUUAUGACAACUCUAGAACUAGGAAAUCUUGAGCUUUGCAGACCAGCAUUCUAGCCCCUCAUCUGCCAUAAGAGAUAUAGUCCUUAUAUAUCAGCAGCAUAUAUUUUGUAAUCAGUUUUACACCAGACCAAAAAAAACAACCUAUUCAAUGGCAUAAAACUGUGUGCAAUAAAUAGCAUGGCUUAAGUUUACUAGACAACUAGGAAAGUUAAGUGAGAGAGACAUCGGUACUCAGGCAUAUUAUUGAACAAUUUAGUAUAGUACACUAUGAGGCAAGCUGUAAUUUGAUGAUGAUGUAUUAUUUAGCUACUGCUGCUUUUUAUGUUAGCACUUUAUGAGCAUUUGACUUUUCAUUUUGUAUGGUGUGCCUGGAAGAACAUAUUUUAGGAAACUUUAAUUUAAAGAUAUGUUGUUUUUAUUUUCAACAUCAGAAGUCACUGUAUGAUGUGUCCCGAGUGGCUGCUGAUACCUGAGCUGUGUGUGAACAAGACUGCUUGUAACUCAAGUUUCAUUCUAGAAACUGUUUACUAAGCAUCUCUCUCUCCACUAUGGACAUGAAGUUUUCUUAAAUAAAAUUAUUUACAAAGAGUC